CAGAUAAAUAAGUCGCUCUGGUCGUCGUGCGUCCUCCUUACUACUUUUCAAGACAUUCAACAAAUCCAUCUGCAGAUGAAAUGGAAAAAGGUGAAGGACCUCCUCCAGACACUGCAGAUAUUCCAGAGAUCCCAUAUAUUCCAGAUAUCCCAGAUAUUCCAUAUAUUCAAGAUAUCCCAGAUAUUACAAAAAUUCCAGACAUYGCAGAUAUCCCAGCGCCGCCAUAUCCUGGUCCGCCAUUAGACUCAAGUGUGAUUAUCAAUCAGCCUACACCUGUUGAUCAGCCAGUGACCCAGCCUGACGCUCAGCAUUAUCAGCAACCUGCUGACCAGAAAAAUCUCCAGUCUGUUGCUCCACAGAAUCAACAACCCAUUGACCAGCAGUGUCCUCAGCCUGUUCCUCAGCAGUAUCAGAAACCUGUUGAUCAGCAAUAUCCACAGCCCGGUGUCCAGCAGUAUCAACAACCUUAUCAGCAAUAUCCCCAGCCUGUUGUUCAGCAGUAUCAACAACCGGUUAAUCAGCCAGAUGGCCAGCCUGCUCAACAAACAGUUGUACAGCAAAAUCAGGCCACUCAACCUGCUGUGGUGGUGGUGCAAGUGAAACCAACUGAGGCUCCUGGAAACAUGUUGUGUCCACACUGUAAGACCACCGUUGUGACCACAACCGAAUACAAAUUGGGCAUGCUCACUUGGAUCAUUGUUGGAUCACUGUUUUUUAUUGGGUGUUGGCCUUGCUGUUUGAUCCCGUUCUUCGUGGGCGCUUGCAAGGAUGUGCAGCAUUCCUGCCCGCAGUGCAACAACGUUCUGCACGUCUACCGUCGCAUGUGACCCGCAGUGAACCACAGUUACUGAAAGUUUUUGCUGAACCUCCUUUAAAAGUGGACUGUAAAAUAAACAUGUUUAUUAGGUUUCCCUGAAAUCUUUUAACAAACUAUUGAUAUUUUACUCUUUAUGGUGUCUCAUUGUUAACAGAUUAUUUUUUUCAACAUUUUUAACUUAAGAUUGGAAGAAAGUUUUCCCCUCAUUGUGUCCUAAAGAAAAGCUUGGCUCAUCCAAGUUGGUUUUAAUGACUUUGACAUAUAAAGGAUAUACAAAUAUUUUUUAAACAUUACUUAAUGUUUUAAAGUAAUGUAAAAAAUAUUUAAAACACAUCUUGAUGAAGGUCAACAUAAUUCUACAUUUUUACUAACCCCUUAAAUAUUUUAAAAAUCAUUCUGUAAUCGUUCAGCAUUAGAGUAUAUCUUGUUCUGCUACCAUUUCCUUAACAAUUAUUACUCUAAUUAUUACUCAGUGAUUAACUUGGAUACUAACCAUUGACGUACGAAUGUGGUUCUGGUUGCAAAAGUAGAUUUCUCUUACUUUAAAUGGUGCAACAUUUGAUUAUUGUUGUAAUGAAUCAUGAAUCAGAACAUAAUAUCUACAAAAAUAUCCUUCAAAAUAUCUGAAAUGUUUCAUUUGUCUGUUCAUUGAAGUUUUCUUGCACUGUACAAAGUUCUUUCAUUGAGAGUUGCUUGUAUUUGGUACAUUGUUGGGCCUAUUUUUACAACAACAAAAAAAAUGCUACAUUCUUUUAUCUAACAUUUUACAAUAUGGCUGACUGUCACCAUCAAGUGGCCAGAUGCAAGUAUUACACCCAUUCUUUUUGUGUUUAGAACACGUGGGUCCUCUGAAAAUGAAUAUAUUGAAAAGAACACUAAAUAAAAGGAAGGUUAGUGAUCACAAAACAUGGGAAGUUGUAUUAUCAAUCACAUUGAUCAGGACCGACAAAACAGAGUUAGAAGAUGUUAAAAGAGAAAAAAGAAACUGCUAGUUAGAAGUCUGACUUUGCAAUAAUAUGUAGGGUUUUACUUUGGGCUUGAACCAUGCUGAAUUUUCAAAGGCACACUUUCAGUUCUGUUUUCUAACUCAUUUCUAUCCUAAUUGGCCUAAUCCUUAAAUCAUUUGUAUGACGCCUGAUUAAGUGCAUAAGUCUUUAAAUAAAUUGUCUUUUAUUGA